UCUCAAAUCGAACGAUACCCGUUUCGCCCCGCAUACACGACUUCUUUACCGUCUGCAGUUUCCCCGUGCACCUUGUUAGCAUUCUCGAGACCCCAAUUCUGCCGGCGCGAAGAUCAGUUGUCCAACAUGUCCUGGGCCGGUUUUAAGAAGAAUGUCAACCGCGCUACGACGCAGGUGAUGAUGAAGACUGGCCAUGUCGAAAAGACAAACGACCGGGAUUACGAAGUCGAGGAGAGGCGAUUCCGGACAAUGGAAGCCGCGUCGUUGCGGUUGCAAAAAGAGGCAAAAGGGUACCUUGACUCUCUGAGAGCAAUGACGGCUUCACAAAUGCGGAUUGCGGAAACAAUCGAUGCGUUUUACGGGGAUUCCGGCGCCAAAGACGGCGUGAGCAGAAGUUACAAGCAGGCGGUGGAGGACCUCGACGCGGAGACUAUCAAGGCCCUGGACGGGCCAUACCGAACGACAGUACUGGAGCCCAUUUCACGGUUUUGCGCCUACUUCCCAGACGUAAACGAGUGCAUCAAGAAGCGCGGCCACAAACUCCUCGAUUACGACGCGCUCCGCGCCAAGGUCAAGAAGCUCGUCGAGAAACCCGACAAGGACGUGACCAAGCUCCCGCGGGCCGAGAAGGAGAUGGAGAUGGCCAAGGCGGCGUACGAGCAGCUCAAUGAGCAGCUGUGUUCGGAGCUGCCGCAGCUCAUCGACCUGCGCGUGCCGUACCUCGACCCCUCGUUCGAGGCGCUCGUCAAGAUCCAGCUGCGCUUCUGCGCCGAGGCCUACUCGCGCAUGGCCCAGGUCCAGCAAUACCUCGACCCAGACACGCGCGAGCAGUACGCACAGGGCCAGCUGGACAGCAGGGUCGAGCAGGUUCUGCAGGAGAUUCGAGAGCUGAGCAUUAGUGGGACCGUCUGAUCUGGUUAUGGGGAAGUGGGACAGACAUUGGGUGGACGACGGAACGGCACAAUGGUCUGGAGAGCAAUAGAAUCUUCUGUUUGUUUUCCGGCGUACGGGGCAGGGGUAUUGGUUACUUAUACUGGGGAUUGUGUGCACACUUGGGGGCUCGUACGCCAAAAAAAAUGCGCCUGCGACAAAUAUGGAUGGGAGACGGGUUUGUGUUCUGGAUGUUUGUGAUAUGAUCGGCGUCGCUGGCAUUCCCGACCUUGAUAUUUGCGUGUAUCGAGACAUCAAACCCCCCUUUCCAGUAGGGCGUUGGGUCAGCCCGCUGGUGAUCAGCUUCUGGUAACCAGCUUCGCCUGGUAUAGUGAGGAGCUUGGGUUUUCCGGUGAUCUGCUUCCCGAUCGGGCAGCGGUGCCUUCAAACUGUUUACUUUUCACACGUUGCCUACACCGAACUUCGACACGCGUGACAUG